AUGGAGGUUCAGUCGACUGGCCCAAAUGCGACGAAUACAGCUCAUGCUGCCCCGGAGACGAGAUUGUCGCUUGAAGCUGUCCUGCGCCGCCUCUUUUUGAGCUCCACAGCAUGCAAAGUUCGCGAAGCUGGAAACAGAUGGGCUAGAUUCAUUGAAGCCGUAUGCCUUGUUCUCAUUAUGUUUCUUUGCCUAUCAACGCGCCUAUUCCCAACUAUCCGCGGUGAAGCAACAAUCUACGACUUCGACCCGUAUUUCAAUCAUCGAACAACCAAGUACCUUGCUAACGCAGGCUUCAGUGAUUUCUGGAACUGGUAUGAUGAUGGGCUGAUGACAACUUCCUACUGUAUCUACAAGAUCCUGGGCUUUUUCGGCUUGCUAGUCAACAUAUCUGAUGUAUCUGUCUAUCUCCCACCAGCAUUUUCGUGCUUAACAGCCCUUGUGGCCCACUGCUUCGCCAAGCAUGCCAGUGGAUCCAGGACUGCGGGUUUAUUCGCCGCCUUAUUUGUGGGGAUAUCCCCUGCGUACGUUAAGACGUCCCUAGUGGGGUCUUAUGACAACGAAUGCAUCGCAAUAUUUGCAAUGCUUUGGGGGUUCUACAUGUGGACUCGGGCGAUCAAAAGAGGCUCGAUGCUAUCAGCUCUUCUAGCUGCUAUACCCUCUGCAUACAUGGUUACAGCUUGGGGCGGUUACGUGUUCCUGAUCAAUGCAAUAGCUGUUCACAUGGUUGCCCUCUGGAUGCUUGGGUUAAUGACCCCAAGACACCAGCUGGCAUAUUGCGUAUUCUACGUUAUCGUCACUGCAUUGUGUGUUAAUGUUCCGUUUUUGAAUCUUACCCCACUUUGGAGCUCAGAGCACAUGGCAAGCCACGGAGUAUUCGUGCUUGUCACUGUGCUGUCAAUGGUCCGCUUCACGUCGGCAUUACUUCCGAAGGGUUCUGUUAGGCACCUUCAAAUGUGGGCAUUAGGGCUAGCUGGAACGCUGAUACUGGUUGUUGUAACCAUAUUGGCUAUUACGCCGACGACCUGGUCAACAUAUUUCCUCGACCUCCACAUGGUAAUAUUCCUCGCUCCAUUGGGAUUGAUAAUAUCCCUUCGACGAGGAGGGGGCCUGUUUUUUAUUGGGUUGUAUGGCGUCCUCGCCUGCUACUUCUCAGCCGUCAUGGUUAGGUUGGUACUUGUUCUCUCCCCCGCCGCAUCGAUGCUCGCUGGGAUUGGUGCAUCUGCUUUUUUAACGGGCAUUAUUUCCCAGUUGCCUACGGUUCGUUCCCAAGGCAGGGAUACAAUACGGAAGUCGUAUGUCGUCCACUGCACUUGGAUGUCUUCAACAAUACUUUCCAACAGAAACAUUUUUAUGGGUCCGUCUGUUCAGUAUGCCAGCUUUUAUGCGGCUGCCGCAAUUCUUAACUGGGCAGUGUGCUACUACACUGCCCAGUAUAAGCUCGGAGGUCCCAUCGGUCGCACCAAUGCGCCCAAACCUGAUGAUUUCCGAGAAGCCUACAACUGGCUUCGGCAAAAUACCCACAAAAAGGCGCGCAUUAUGGCCUGGUGGGAUUAUGGCUAUCAAGUAUCUGAAGUGGGGAACAGGACAGUUUUUGUGGACAACAAUACCUGGAAUAGCACUCACAUUGCGACUGUCGGAUACACUUUUGCUUCCGAUGAAGCCGAAGCUUUCUCAGUCGCCCAGGACUUGGAUGUUGAUUAUAUUUUCGUGGUUUUUGGUGGCAUGGCGAGGUUCGCAAGUGACGAUCUCAACAAGUUGAUUUGGAUGAUUCGCAUAGCGGCUGGCGUGUACCCAGAUCUCCAACAGUCUGCUUUCCUGGGUCCUAGAGGACAGGUUCUAAAGGCAAAUAAUAGGGAUACAACAAUGCUCAAUGCUAUCGAAAGUGGACUUCAGUAG